AUGAAAAAGCCUUAUAGCACACCACAGACAUCCCAGGGUCCCUCUUGCUACCAGUGUGGAGGACCCCAUCUGAAGAGGAACUGUCCUCAACUGGCAGGCGGAGUAGGAGGGCCAGGCGACCGUUGCAAGUGCUUUAUAUGCGACAAACCGGGACACUUCGCUAACAAUUGCCCAGAAAAGAAGAGUCCUGGUGCGAAGAAACUAGCAGCAUCGCCAGCAGAGAGAGCUAGAGCAGCUGGUCGGGUCUUUGCAUUGACCUUGAUGGAGGCUACUAAAUCAGGUCAAGUGGCUACCAGUUUAGUCUGCGUUGGGUGUUCAAUGGAAGUGGCAGGUCGCAGAUUCAAUGUGAACUUGAGGGCGAUAAACAAUGUAGAAGUCGGAGCCACCUUCUUUAUGAUAGUGGCUCAUGCAGAGAAGAAUAGCACCGCCGAGAAGAUCAGUGUGAUUCCAGUAGUGGAGGAGUAUGCUGAUGUGUUUCCAGAUGAAUUACCAGAGUUGCCACUGAGUAGGGAUGUGGAUUUCACCAUCGAUCUUAUCCUUGGAGCUGGCCUAGUGUCCAUGGCGCCCUAUAGAAUGGUCGUAGCGGAGUUAGCUGAAAUGAAAAAGCAAAUAGAAGAUUUUCUUGAGAAGAAGUUCAUAUGGCCGAGCGCAUCACCUUGGGGAGCACUGGUACUACUAGUAAAGAAAAAGGAUGGUAGUUCGAGGUUUUGCGUUGAUUAUCGUCAAUUCAAUAAGCUGACCAUAAAGAAUAAGUAUCCACUGCCGAGGAUAGAUGAUCUGUUGGAUCAGCUAAGGGGAGCCGUAGUGUUCUCUAAGAUUGACUUGAGAAUAUUUCGACAGUACUUGGAUCAGUUUGUGGUCGUGUUUAUUAUCGACAUACUGAUAUACUCGGAGAGUCGGGAUGAACACGCCGAGCACCUGAGAGUGGUGCUUAGAAUUCUCAUAGAGCAUAAUUUAUAUGGGAAGCUGUCAAAGUGUGAGUUUUGGCUGGAAGAGAGGCGUUUUGUGGAAGGAUUCUCCAAGAUGGUGAGUCCAUUGACUCAACUCACUAGGAAGGACCAGCCGUUUUCUUGGACAAACGAGUGUGAAGUCUGUUUGGAGGACAUGAAGCGGAGAUUAACCACUGCACUUGAGAAACGGCCUAUUGCUUAUGCAUCUCGUCAGUUGAAGGUACAUGAGAAAAACUAUCCUAUACACGACUUGGAAUUAGCAGCGGUGGUUUUUGCUCUAAAAACAUGGAGGCACUACUUGUAUGGGACACAAUUUCAGAAGGAAUUGAAUAUGAGGCAGAGGAGCUGGAUGGAAUAUAUGAAGGAUUACGACUUUGAGCUGUUAUACCACCCUGGUAAGGCUAAUGUCGUAGCAAACGCUCUAAGCAGGAAGAAAGCUCAUGUGUCGGCCAUGAUGAUUAAAGAGUUGGAAUUGAUCGAGAAGCUGCGAGAUAUGAAUCUGGGAUUAGAUAUGGAGGCAGGUCCUAUACGGUGGAAGAUGUUGAGGAUCACUAAUGAGUUUCUAGAUGAGGUUCGGGUAGAACAGGGUAAGGAUCAGGAACUGCAGCAUGUCAUUAGUGAGUUGGGCACAAAGAAGAGAAAGGACUUCAUGAUGGGUAGAGAGAGGGUGUAUGUACCCAGCAGUCGGACUACUGAGAAAGUAAGGGUAAUACAGGAUCGGAUGCGUGCAACUCAGAGUUGGCAGAAAUCCUACGCAGAUAAGAGGAGGAGGCCACUUGAGUUUGAGGCUGGUGACCACGUGUUCCUCAGGGUUACACCUACAGUAAGUAUUGGGAGAGCAUUGAAGUCGAGAAAGUUGACUCCUCGAUUCAUCGGUCCAUAUCAGAUUACGAGGAAGUACGUGGCGGAUCCUACUCAUGUGUUGGACCAAGAUGAUGUACAUGUGCAUGAGAAUCUAACUUUGGGGGUUGGACUAGUGAGAAUUCUGGAUUCUCAAGUCAAACAACUUAGAGGGAAGGAGAUUCGGACUGUGAAGGUCCUCUGGGACGACGCAACCCAGGAGAUGACAUGGGAGAUGGAGGACCUCAUGAGGAAGUCUUAUCCUCACCUUUUUGCUGACUCAAAACCCUGCAAGUCUCACCCAAGCGGGUCCACCUCGCCUAAGCGAGAGUUGCAGAGUCUCACUUUGGGUUCUAGUUCGUGGUUCUCGCCUAGGCGACCAGGAAAAGGGUUGAGCGACAUGGUCUCUCCCUCAGGCAAGAGGCACUCGCCUAACCGAGGUCGCGAGGAAACUUGGGAGUUUUUAUCUCUCAAGUAUUCAGCUACAUGUCGGGAGGACAUGACCGCACAAAGUCUGAGCUUUGAAAUCCACUUCCAUCCUUGA